AUGAAGGCACGAAAACGACCGGCAAAUCGUGGCCGGAACCCGGCCGAAACUGCGGCGCGGCCGGCCAAAAAAUUGAAGGCAGUCGCGGCGGCUCAGGCCGACGACUCACAGCUACGGCCGGCCACAUCCUCCAGCAGCCAAGGAGCCUUUCCUCCACCUCCACCGCCGCCACCGCCGGCCGUGGAGGAAGAUGCGGCCACCGCCUCCAACAUGUUCAAUGAAAUGUCGCAAAGCUUUGGUGGCAACAUGGGAGGUGGCUUCGGUGGCAAUAUGGAAGGUGGCUUUGGUGGCAUGGGAGCGAGCUUCGGAGGCAACAUGACCGGCAUGGGAGGUGGCUUUGGUGGCAACAUGAUGGGUGGCUAUGGCGGCAACAUGACCAGCAUGGGAGGCAAUGAAGGUGCUUCCGGUCGUGCUCUCGGCAACAAUACUUCACCGCUUGACAACGUCGACAAAGAAGCCGGUGAUGAUGAUGAUCGUACCACGGUUCACAACGGCGGUGGUGUUGAUGACCCGCAUGAAUGA